AUGUUGGCGUCAAAGAUUCCAUACUCGACGCCGUUGGGCAUGGCCGGGUCCCAGGCCACCACGCCUUCAUACCACAUCGGAUCAUCGCAGAAGUCGGCGCCUGGGGCAUCUUCUCAGGAGGGGAUGUUCACCAGCCCGACAGAGUCGGAAUUCUCCGCGAAAGAUGGCGCUGAUUCCGUUCGAUCUUGGGACGAGAAGCAGGUGAUAGCAUGGCUCCAUAGCAUCAAUUGCGGCCAAUAUGAAUCCCUGUUCAGAGCAAACAACUUCAAUGGUGAUAAUCUCAUCGAGUGUGACCAGAAGAUACUUCAAGAAAUGGGCGUAAAGAAAAUUGGUGACCGGGUUCGGAUCUUUGUCGCCAUCAAGAAACUCAGAAACAAAAGUGUCAACAACCAUAGACAGAUGAAUAUGAACCAGCUGGCUGCGUUGGAAAAUCCAACUUAUGCUCCUACUUCUUCGGAUUCUUCUCGUCUGACCAGUAUCCGCCAACGGAGCUCGAGCAAUCGCCGCAUGUCUCGCAUGGCCGACAAUGGUUCUUAUGUCUACACCAUAGGGAAACCAUCGUCACGCCCCGGAUCGCCCUUGAGAAGCCAGCGAUAUGUCGCUAACAGUCCAAUGGAGAAUGGUCGGAAGGAAGGCUAUUUCAGUCACCCCUCGUCCGGCGGUUCGAAUUCGGGGCGCAACGGAGGAGCUCCGGGUGAUGGCAACAAAGGUGGUCUACAUUUAAGACAAAACCCGAGCAUCGACGGCCUGACAAUGGGUCCUUUGCCUGCCAACUCGCCCGUCAUCAGAGUCAUCUUCGUCGGCGGACAGACUAAAGUGUUAGACAUUAAGCACUGCAAGACCCCAGAUGAAAUCAUUCUAUGCGUCCUGAAGAAGCUACAGCUUCCUGAGCAUCAGUAUCGCAACUAUUGCUUCUACGUGUUGGAUGGCCUGGAGCCCGAUCCCUCACAUUGCAGGAGGCUUGCGGACCACGAGCUCAUGGAAAUAUGUGAAGGCCCGAACAGGUCUGAACGCGGCCGUUUGAUUUUGCGCAAAAUCCACGCCGGAGAGCCGGACACUGACGAAGUCCGUCGCGCCGCCCAGCUCGCGCUGGACGAAAGCCAAAUGACACAUAAGAACGCCCUAAAUAGCUCCAACGUGCGCAAUCAGAUGAAGAUCCAGCAGCUGACGGGAGAAUCAUGGCAUCACAUCAAACAACCAAUGUCGCCAGUGUCUGUUCGGCAUCAACCAAAUUACAGUGAGAACGACCCGACCUAUGUGAACACCGAGCGGCCUUCUGUCGCUAAAUUGCGGUCGUUCUUUGGAGCUCGUCCGCCUAGCGAGAUGAUUAUCCAUGAAAUCACUUCUUAUUUCCCCGGUCAUCAUCGGGAGGACAUUGAAAAGACAAUGCGCAUGUCCAUUCGAAGGUCGCAACGGCUCAGUCGAGCCGCAAGCCGUCUAAGCGUUGUCAGCAACACAAGCUACGCAUCCAGCUUGAGAGAUGCCCCGCCAAUCCCUAGUAUUGCUGAUAAUUGGCUCAACCCUGGAACGCAGCUUCCUCGCGCUUCUCGACCAUUAUCGGUCUCUAGGUUUAAUCUUCCUCAAACAGCCUACCGGGAUUCCAUUGCAUCCAGCUCUCUCCAGCCCCUUCAGGAGGAAUCUCCGAUUGAGCCGAAUCGCAAAUCCUACGUAUCCUUCGAUAGUGGGUCGGAUGACCCAAGCAUCUCGCGCCAGAGCCUUAUUGAUGAGAACGCAAGUGUGGCAGCGACAGAUGGUGGCUCUUUCAACGAGCGGUUGAGUGUAUUGGUGGCUGAGGAUGGCGAAGGGGAGGAUGAUGGCCUUAAUGAUUUCCUUUCUGGUAACAAUUUCGCAGCGAAGAACUGGAUGAAGGGCUCUUUGAUUGGCGAGGGAUCGUUCGGCAGCGUCUUCCUUGCUCUUCAUGCAGUCACCGGAGAGCUUAUGGCCGUCAAACAAGUCGAAAUUCCUUCAGCUACCAAGGGCACUGAGUUCGACACACGUAAGAACAGCAUGGUCACAGCACUUAAGCAUGAGAUUGAGCUGCUGCAAGGACUUCACCAUCCAAACAUCGUCCAGUAUCUGGGUACUUCUGCAGAUGAUCAAUAUCUGAACAUUUUCUUGGAAUACGUUCCUGGCGGCUCUAUUGCGACAAUGCUGAAACAGUACAACACUUUCCAGGAGCCACUGAUCAAGAAUUUUGUGCGCCAGAUAUUGACAGGCCUCUCCUACCUUCACAGCCGUGAUAUCAUUCACCGUGAUAUCAAGGGCGCCAACAUCCUGGUGGACAACAAGGGUGGAAUCAAGAUUUCAGAUUUCGGUAUCUCCAAACGUGUUGAAGCUUCCACUCUUCUUGGAGUUCGAGCCAGCGGAGGCGGAGGCCACCUUCACCGGCCUUCUUUGCAGGGAAGCGUCUACUGGAUGGCCCCCGAAGUCGUUCGACAGACGGCUCACACCAAGAAAGCAGAUAUCUGGAGUCUGGGCUGUCUCGUCGUGGAGAUGUUCAUCGGGGCCCACCCGUUCCCCGACUGCAGCCAGCUGCAAGCCAUCUUUGCCAUCGGCAGCAACAGCGCAAGACCCCCAGCCCCCGAGCAUGCCAGUAAAGAGGCCAUGGCGUUCUUGGACAUGACCUUCCAAGUCGACUAUGAAAAGCGACCCACCGCGGACGAAUUGCUCCAGUGCCAAUUCCUGGCUACAUCGCUGGCGUGA